GCGACAGAGAGGGUUGGUUUUCCCGUAUGGGAUGACGUCAGCUUCCAGACACAGCAGGACCGGCCGGGUUGCGUUGUGUGUAUGCUGCAGUGGGGGUCGCCGCAGACAUGCUGAUGUACAAGGUGCAGCCGUAUAGCAGCGGGGAUAUGCAGGUAGAUUUACCCAGCUGCAUGUACAGGGUGCCCAACCUGCACCAGCCUCUCACCGCACACCAUGAGCAGGAGGGAGCUGACCCAACACUUCAAGCUUUUGAGUCCAGACAAGAAGACAUUUUAAAACGACUCUAUGAACUCAAGGCUGCGGUCGAUGGGCUCUCAAAGAUGAUCCAGACUCCGGAUGCAGAUCUUGAUGUGACGGACAUCAUUCAGGCAGAUGAGAGGGCUGCUCCAGCCUCCUGCAAGGCAGACCUGGACUCUAUACUUGGAAAGGACUACGGUGCGCUGAGAGAUAUUGUUAUCAAUGCGAAUCCAUCAGUGCCGCCACUUUCCCUGCUGAUCCUACACAAUCUGCUGUGUGAACAGUACCAGGUGCUGUCUGCAGUGCACACACAUUCCUCUGUCGCCCACAUUCCAGAACCGCUGCUGAAGUGCUUUGGGGAGCAGGUCAAUAAGAAGUCCCGGCAGGACUAUCAGCUUGGAUUUACUCUCAUCUGGAAAGACGUGCCUAAGCCACAGAUGAAAUUCAGCAUUCAAAACAUGUGUCCAAUAGAGGGAGAAGGCAAUAUAGCCAGGUUCCUGUUCUCGUUGUUGGGAAAUGUGUAUAAUGCAGUCACUGCCACGCUGAUUGACAGCUGGGUGGAUACCGCCAUCUUUCAGUUCAGGGAAGGGAGCAAUAAGGAGAGAGCUGCUGUUCUGCGGGCCAUGAACUCUGCGCUAGGGAAGUCCCCCUGGCUGGUAGGCUCUGAACUGACCAUAGCAGAUAUAGUCACUUGGUGUGCCAUUCAGCAAUCUGGAAACACCACCGCCAUCCCAGCAAAUGUCCAAAAAUGGAUGAAAUCUUGUGAAAAUCUCACCUCCUUCAAUGCUGUGCUGAAAUUAUUAAUGUAAUGAAAUGCAGUACACAAUUCUGGGGUAUAGGAGCUGUGUGACAAAUACAAGGCUUUUCUCACAGGGGACGUGUGGGUCACGCUCAGAUCUAAUGGUCUAUCUCUGUACUGUGACAAUUGCCAUUUUAUAAAGUGGUUUAUUUGUAAUGGUACUUCAGACAUCCAAUAAAGACAGUUUUACAACG